AUAAACUUCUCUCUUACACGAGGGAGCUUCUGCAAGUGAAUUUGAAACCAAGGACACGGUAUUGUCCGAAGAAAUCUUUCUCUUCGGCAGAUAACUCAUAAGUGAAAAAGAGAAGACACUUGCAGCAGUUCAAAAUGCUACGGUUUCUGUUUAAGAAUUCACCGUCAGCAACGUCAUCGACAACUGCUUCACCGGCAACCAUCAACCUUAAUGUUUCAGAAGUGGGGAGUUUGAUGGAGGGUUCUCCUGGGACGAGCACUCAGCCUUCACCCACUAAUUACAUUACUAGGUUAUAUUACCUUAUUGUCCACUCCACUUCCUACAAUGAAGUGCUUUCCAAGAUUCACAUUCUUGAUCCCAACAAUGUCAACGAAGUUAAAUUGCAGAUUGAAGAUGUAAAUGGUGAUGGAGUCGAGGAUCCACAUCAACAGCUUUUGUCUCAAGUCCUCCAACCCAGCAAAAAAAGCGUGCAAGAGGCUCUUAGCCUUGCUAGCACCAGUACUGUCACCCACCUUAUCUCUACUUCCUUCAACCACACUGAGAACACCGCCAACGUUUGCCUCCUCCUCCUGCAAAGCAUUUAUCAUACCCAAGCUCUCUAUGCACCUUUCCAUGAGCUCCUUGAUAUUUUCCCCAUUGACCCCCACUUCAUCUCUCAGUCACACUGCAGUAAUGCUUUUGACAUCUUCGUCCAAUUUGACUGUGACUGUGUGAAGAACCCAUUUGACUCUUACAACUUCCAGGAGAUGAACAGUUGCUUUUCCAAGUUGAAACAACAACUCGACUACAAUCUCCGAAAAUCCCACUCUAGAGUUCGCCUUUUUCACUAUGUGACCACUGGCUCUGCUAUUUGUAUCAUUGGCUUAGUCAUGGCUGUUACAAUAGCUGCUGUGAUAGUUGCUGCCCAUGCAUUUGUUGCCAUUGUUGCUGGUCUCUUAUGUACUGCUUAUUUUCCUCAUGGUCUCACAAAAAGAGAUCUUGCCCAUGUGGCACAACUUGAAGCUGCUAGAAGGGGUAUGUAUGUUAUAAACAAAUAUGUAGACACUCUUCAACGCCUUGUUGAUCGAUUAUACUCUGCCAUUGAGGGUGACAAGCGACUUGUAAGGCUAGGAUUGGAAAGGGACGGAGACAAGCAUUCCAUUGAAGAAGUGGUGAAACAGCUAAGAAAGAACAAGCUCAAUUUUGAACACCAGCUCAUGGAUCUCAAGGAACAUGUAUGCCUGUGCUUUAAGAUUGUCAAUUGGGCGAGGUCUUUGCUUCUCCAGGAGAUCCUUCUUCAAUGAAGUCCUAAUUCGUAGCAAAUUUUAGACACUUUUCCUCAAUCAUAUGUACACGCAUAUCUUUCUGUUGUAAACUUGUUUGAUUCCUUAAUAUUUUUAACAUGCUCCCCUGCCUAGAUCUCGAAGCAGCAAUAACUGGCUCAUUCUUUUACUAUCCUUUUAUUUUCCUUCCAAUCUAGUACAUUUUUCUUUGUAUACGAAGCUGAUUUACUAACUUUGGCAUUGAAUGAUAUCCAUUAGUUUGAUAA